AUGGCAGUAACAAAUUUUAAUCAAGACAAAAACCAGGCAACAAUUCAAGAGCUUUAUUGCUCGGCGGAAUUUACAAGAGAAGUACACAGCGACCUAAUUGGCCUUUCAGCCAUAAAUAUUUUCCUGUCAGUUACUGCAUUUCUGGGCAACACUCUGAUCCUAGUUGCUCUGCACAAGGAAACUUCACUUCAUCCGCCUUCCAAACUCCUGUAUCGUAACCUAGUGAUAACUGAUCUCUGUGUUGGUAUCAUUGUACAACCCCUGGCUGUGGUUUAUUGGAUAUCUGCGGUGACAGGAAGAUGGAAUAUCUGCUGUUACGCUCAUUUGCCAGUUACCAUCUCAGCCACUGGUUUGUGUGCAGUGUCUUUACUAACACUGACUGCAAUAAGCGUGGACAGACUUCUCGCCUUGUUGCUGGGGCUCAGAUACAGACAAGUUGUAACUUUUAGAAGAACAGGUAUUGCUUUACUCGGUAUGUGGAUUAUCUCCAUUUUAGGCACAUCAAGUUUCCUUUGGGAUCCUGUCAUUCAUCAGUGGUAUACAUACUCAGGCGUAUCUCUGAGUUUGAUCGCCUUGAUUUGCUCGAACACAAAAAUAUUUUCCAUUGUUCGUCAUAACCAAAUUCAAGUUCAGAAUCACAUUGUUCAAGGACAACCGAGCCAAGCAAUUCCCGCACUGAACAUAGCUCGAUACAGAAAGGCAGUGUACAGUGCACUGUGGGUGCAGGGAACAUUGUUUUUUUGUUAUCUGCCACACGGGAUAGCAGUGGCUUUGACACCUGCAGAAGGGAUGCGCAUUUCUAUUUACCUUGCCAGGCAAUAUACGGUCUCUUUAGUUUUCUUAAACUCUUCAUUAAACCCUUUGCUGUACUGCUGGAAGAUCAGAGAAGUGAGAAAAGCUGUGAGAGACUCAAUAAGACGACUCUACUGUUAA